UCCUAGCAACCGGCGGAGCGGCUACGUCACGGUGGCAGGUUCUAAACGCUGCUGGGCACCGUAAGGCCGCCGUGUGUACCUUCCAGCAGCUACGGGCUGGUGGAAGCGCUGCUCACAGUCAGUGUCGACACCAGAAUUCAGAUUUCACAUGCUGGCCUAGAAAAUGAAUGCCUUGUCUUCAGAGCCAGAUUAGAAGCUGGUUAUAGGUAAGAACAAUGUGUUUAUACAGUUGUUUAUCAGAGCCAUGUGCUGAAUUAGUAGUAUUCUACGUAUUUGUUGAAUGAAAGAAUGCAGAUCAACACAGUUUUAAAGUAGUGAAUGCACAACAGUAUAUCCAGUGAUUCUUAUCUGUUUAAAGCACUUGUGAGUUCUAAAAACAAAGCUGCCCUCUCCUUCACUUGCCAUUUGAUAUAUUAAUACCUUUGUAAUAGUUAUUAAAAUUUGUUUUUCUAACUUGCCAAGAAAAAAACCCUUGUUCUUCUUUAACCUUAACGUACAGCUUAGAAUUAUGAAGAAAAUCAACCAGUUAUUCAUACUAAGCGACAUUACUAAAACAUGCUUGAAGAUGCCAUCUGUUUAAUCUUAACAAUGGUUUUUCAGUAAAUAAGGCUUUGUUGUCCUUCUUUUACUGAUAGCUACCUUUAUAUAUAUUUCCAAAUUUCAAGAUUGUAUUGUCUUUGAAAGUGCCUUGGAUUUUACUUUAUUAUAGAAAAUACUAUUUUAAAAUAUAUCAUUUCUAUGAAAUCCACAUUCUUUUUUUUUUUUUUGAGAUAGGGUCUCACUCUGUCACCCAGGCUGGAGUGCAGUGGUGCGAUCUCAGCUCACAGCAACCUCUGCCUCCCGGGUUCAGGCAAUUCUCAUGCCUCAGCCUCCUGAGUAGCUGGGAUUACAGGGGCGCACCACUAUACCUGGCUAAUUUUUGUAUUUUUUGGUAGAGACAGGGUUUCACCAUGUUGGCCAGGCUGGUCUCCAGCUCCUGCUCAAGUGAUCUACCUGCCUCGACCUCCCAAAAUGCUGGGAUUACAGGUGUGAGCCACUGCGCCCAGCCGAAAUCUACAUUCUUUUGUAGAAUCAAGUAUUCAGAUUAUUUAUGUAUAUUAUCUCACAUAUUAGACUUUGAUCAUCUAAGUGGUUUGAAGCUGAGGAUUUUUUAGAUAAUUUAACUUAUAUAUACUCAUAGAGAAGAGAAAUGACAGUAGCUAGCAUGACCAAAGUUUAGUAAUACAUCCUUUUAAUAUUUAAAAUGUUUUUUUCUAGUGAUUACUGCAAAAUUACGAAGUUUAAAGAAUCUUCAGAAUACCUUUCCUAAUAAACAGUUUGCUUCAUCUGGUAUCUUUGUUAUUUCUUUUGUUUUGAUUUUGUUUAUUAACACAGAAAAGCUUCACUGGCCUGAGCAAGAACUUGCUAAGAAGUCUGUUCUAAAUGCAGAAGAUUCAUUGAUCAUUGACAGCAGAAGAAGCAUUUCACAUUUGUCCUCCGGAGUGCUAAAAGACAUUUUCACAACUGGAACCAGUAGUUACAAUGUCCUACUACAGAGCAAGGAGGAAAAAAAGUAUCAUUCACAAAAACAGUCUUCCUCCACCUACUCCAAAAGAUGUAGAAAACCCAGCAAAUCUCCUAACACUUCUCGUAGCAAAGAUCCUCGCAGGAUGAAAGCCCUGGUGCCUGUGACAAGCAGUGGUACUUGGUACUGCCUGGAGAGGCAGCCUGCUGUUUUUGUCACUAGUUCAGUGUCAAGUCCUGUAAAGUUUACACAUGAUAUCUCUGUUACAGGGAAUGGCAUAGUACUGCCACCUAAACCCAAAAGCAAGGUCAAGUGGUGCCAUUUCUCCACUCUUCCAAAGACAAAGCCUCAGCUGUCUAGAAGCUUUGAAAAGGGAGAUGACUUUUCUGGGAAGAAAUUUUGUAUAUUGACUGCUAUAAAACCCACCAACUUAGAGAAAGAAAAACUGAGAUUCUUCAAAUCUGACUAUACCUACAAUCCUCAGUUUGAGUAUGCCAAUCCUGCUCUGCCAAGCGUAUUAGCUAAGCAUAGCCACGCAUCUGACCGAUUUCUUAAGCAGUCUAUCAAUAUUAUGGAACUGACUUUACAGAAAUACGGAAGUUAUGAAAAAUUUGAACAAGCCACUGGUGGUAGCUUGCUUUCUAAAACUCGAAUCUGGAGUCACGUUAGGAAGUACAUGAUGAAGGAAGGCUGCCUAGGGGAGAUUGUAGUUCAUCUCACUGAGGACCUGCUUUCCCGAGCGUCAAUGACAGUAGUAAAUGGAUGUCCGACUCUGACUAUCAAUGUGUCCACUGCACGUGAGCAUUGGCUGGAGGGAAUGCUGAGGCAUGAAAUAGGUACACAUUAUUUUCGAGGUAUUAACAACCUCCAGCAGCCAUGGAACAGUUGGACUGGACGUAAAAAACAUGAGCUAAAGCCAAAUAAUCCCACAGAGGAAGGACUAGCAAGCAUUCACAGUGUUCUGUUUAGAAAAGACCCUUUUUUAUGGAGGGCUGCCCUCCUCUACUACACUGUUUAUCAAGCCAGCCAAAUGUCUUUUUGUGAACUCUUCAAAGAUAUUGGCAGGUUUGUCAAGGACCCCAAUACAAGAUGGGAUUAUUGUGUACGGGCCAAGAGGGGAUGGACUGACACUUCCCAACCAGGGUGUUUUAGUAAAGACCAGGUAUACUUGGAUGGAAUUCUUCAAAUCCUCCGAUACAGAGAUACCAUAGACUUCCAUCUGCUGACUGCUCUCGGGAAGGUUUCUUAUGAAGAUGUGGAUCGCUUAAAAGGAUUGGCAGUUACCGAAAACAUGAGGGUCCCUCAUUUCCUGCAGGACCAUGGCCGAUAUAUGGAACACUUAGAGAAGAUCAUGGAAGUGAAUGAACUGACUGACAGGGAACUGAAAGAUCUUAUAUAGUAAUGAGCGUUCUGGCAAACAUAGCUAAGCUAUGCCUCCAUGUAUAUUACCAGUUAGGUGCAGUUAGCACCAGAAGAUUUAUAAAAGAAGAAUGACUACUUGUGUUUUCUGAAGAAGGGUCUUCAGUAUUCAGCAGAAUUUUUAGGUUAAGUACAGAUCUUAAACUAUUUCCCUAAAAUGUUUCUAUAGGCUGCAGGGGGAAGUUAUUCCUAUUUUCUGAAUCUCGACAGAGUCAGAUGAAAAUACUACUGCUGAGCAUUUUUGAAGACUCUUGGUCAAAUUGCAUGAUAAAUUUCUGCCUGAGCAGUAAGCACUGGCCUAGUGCUUCUGCCUAAAUAUGGAGGUCAGCUCCAACUGGAGACUGGCUGAAUUCCAUUGCUGUUCAGACUCCAAAGUUAUAUUUUAUUUGAUAAAUAAUGGUAAUUAUUCUCCUUUGAAAAAUUAGUUUUGUGUUGCUCCAAAAAGCUAGCUAUAUAUCUCAGCUUUCUUAUUUCUUUUGUAUGUUAAGGGAUUUUAAAGGGAGAGGAAAAGCAGUUUGAAAAUUUUUCAUUAAGUGUUUUAUUUUAACAUUAUUGUUUCACCUUAUCAGCUUAUAGGAACUAAAUUAGAGAAUCACCUCUUUUUGUCUAGUUAUCUCUUAACUACAUUUUCAUUUGCUGAAACAUAUUGUACUCUUUUAAAUUUUUUACAGAAUUUUAACGUCUUUUCCACUGCAUCCUUUAUAAAAAUAAGUACAAAUUCCAGAGAGGUUUUUCUACACAAAUAAAAAAUAAUUGGGGAAGGGCUACUCACAUUUUUUAUGAAACAGAAUAUGUAACAAGCAGACGACAAAUAGACUGACCUGGUUAAACGUAGGUUCUGGAUGUCAGUGGGUAGCACCUGCAGUAAACUUGACCAUGCUCUGAAAAAAGAAAUUUCUGGGUAUUGAUGGUUUAUAAAGCCAGCUUUGUGCUAUUGGUUCAGUAUAUUUUAUCAAAUCUUUGACUUCAUCAACCCAGUAAUGACAUAGUUUACAUUUUAAAAUGAGGGUUCUGUUUUGCUGUAUUUCUCCUGCUAGCCUAGCUUUGUAUUUUAUCAUCAGCUUCAGUAUAUACUUGUAUAUAUAUACCUGGAUUCAAAUGGUUCUUCAUACAACUUAAUGAUCAGAAAGAAUGCUGCUGUAAACACCCCACUCAAGAUUGCUGCUGGAAUUUCUACCCAAAGCUGUCUGAGAGAGUUUAUCUUUACCUCAGUGCAGGCUAAAAUAAUGGUGCUAAUACUGGUAGAUAUAUACUGUGAAGCCUGGUUCACAUUCAUGCUAGAAAAUGAUUUUGGGAAAUCUUUUAUAGGAGAGGUUACAUGAUUUUUCUCUUUCACAUAUCUAGAAGGACUUGCCUCAAAGAAGAAUGUUGCAGCAAACAGGAUAUACUCUAGCUGGUGCCCAAAGGUUCUUGCAAAACCAUGAAUCUUGCUUUUAGCAGUAGAGGGCCAGACACUUUGGAGCAUUGAAAGGCCUUAGCCCCUGCUCCCCAACUACGUGCCAUGCUGGGUAGUGUGUAUCCUGUACAUCUGUGUGCCAGGCUGGGGCAGACUGUGCCAAUGCUCACCAAACACUAGAAUCUGCUCUUACACCUCUAGCAUGUAUCUCCUUGUAGCAGAGUUGUGCACUUUCUCAGCAUUGUGUAGUGUUUUCUAAUUGCAUCUAAAAACUUAUCAAAAGUGAUUGUGAAAACAGUGUCUUAGAAGUAUAAACAGAAAUGGCAAUAUUUAUGUCCUGUGAUUCAAGCCCAAAGGUUAUAAAUUCAACUUUCACAGGGAAUAGCACUGCUAAUCUUACUUUAUGAUUUAAAUAUAAAGGAAAAUCACAGCAGCCUUAAUUUCCUGUUGGUCGGAUCAUUUGCAGCAGUUCUAGUUCCUGGCUUUUAAAAUGGAUGAAUAUUUUCUCUUUGUCUGAUUUGGAAAAGGAACUGCUUUUUUGCCUUACUGCUUUAGUAUAAGGAUGAAAAACAUGAGCACUCUGCAGACAAAAUGACCUUAAAUCACAUUGAUUAAGAUAUUUUAAAAGUUAGCAGUGAACCAAAAGUAGUUUCAGAUUAGCAGAAAUAAAGAGCUUUAAGCUUUAAAAGUUGAGAUUGAAUAUUUAAUGAAAGUUUAUUAAUUCUUUUUCCAGGAAUAGCAGUAAGGUCAGUUUUUUUCCCUAAAAUAAAAAAUUUUAAUAAACAGAAAAUUAUAGCAACAGUACUUAGGAGAAUAGUUGAAGAUUGUAUUAAUUUUAAUUAUAAUAGUUAUUUGUCAUAGGCUAUUGAUGAUUAGAAUUUCAUUAGUUUUGUCCACUAUAAUUUUAAAAAUAGUUGUAUUAAAUACAAAUUCUGAUAAACUGUUAGGUUUUAACACCAGACAGGAUUCAAAGGAAAUUAAUGUUUGCAAACAUAAAUCCAUAGUCUUCAUUUCUUUAUAUUGUCACCUUUGUAAAAGUGUUUAAAAUUUGUAUUGUUUGUUUUGUAUAUCUUUGGGCAUUUUGUGUCUAGCUAUAAUAAAAAGAAACGGUGCCAAGGUUCUCA